AUGAUGAAAGAAAACUUCUCCUACAGAAUAAUUAAAUUUCAUUGUUUUGAAGAAACAGGAGCCUGUGAAUGACCUUCAAAGCAUCCCAGCCUGUCUCUCAGAGUUUAUACAUAGGAAAGGAGGAACAUAAGAGCUAUGUUUAUCAUGAACACUUUUGGCUUGAUACAAAUUGGCCUCAUAGUGUUGUGCACCACCACCAUCUCCAGUCUUCAGUGUAAUCACUUUCCUUUACAGCAAAGAAAAGUGAUCGAGAACAGCCUGCAACUUUUGGACAAAAUGGGCAAAAAGUUUCCUCAACAAUGUCUAAGAGAGAAAAUGUUCUUCAGAUUUCCUGAGCAGGUUCUAAAGCCCAGACAGAAAGAAACUGUCAAAGUGGCCAUUGAAGAGAUCUUGCAACACAUCUUCUAUAUCUUUAGCAAAAAUCUGACUCUGGCUGCUUGGGAUAGGACAACUUUAGAACAAUUCCAAAAUGGACUUUAUCAGCAAAUUGAGCAAUUGGAGGCAUGUGUAAUCAAGAAGCAGACCCACUACUUUUGGAGUAAAGAAGUCAACAGGCUGAAACUGAAAAAAUACUUCCAAAAAAUAGACUGUUUUCUUAAAGACAAACAACACAACCUGUGCUCCUGGGAGAUAAGCCGUGCAGAAAUGAGGAGAUGUCUUCAACUGAUUGAUAAAGUCAUAAGGAAGCUUAACAACUAA